AUGAUUGAGUACAAGCUGGUCGUAGUGGGCACUGGUGGCGUCGGCAAGUCGGCCCUCACCAUCCAGCUCAUCAACCACAUGUUCAUGGACGACUACGACCCCACCAUCGAGGACUCCUAUCGCAAGCAGGUCGAGAUCGACGGCACCACCUGCCUGCUCGACAUCCUCGACACCGCCGGCCAAGAAGAGUUCAGUGCGAUGAGGGACCAGUACAUGAGGACCGGCCAAGGCUUCUUGUGCAUCUACUCCAUCACGUCGACGUCGUCGUUCGAGGAGCUCAGCGUGUUCCGCGAGCAGAUCCUGAGGGUCAAGGAGGAGGACCGGGUGCCCAUGGUGCUGGUGGGCAACAAGUGCGACCUCGAGGACUCGCGGGUGGUCGCCACCUCGCAGGGCGCCGACCUGGCCAAGUCGUUCGGCUGCCCCUUCAUCGAGUCGUCGGCCAAGUCGCGCGUCAACGUCGAGCAGGCCUUCUUCGAGCUGGUGCGCGCCAUCCGCCAGUCGAUCGAGUGCGCCAGCGACUCAGGCGACAAGAAGAAGAGAAAGGAGAGCGGCGGCAAGUCGGGCCUGGGUUCGCUGCGACGAAUGAAGAGCCUGGGCAAGCUGGGCGGCAAGGAGCAGUGCACCCUCUUCUAG